GAAAGAGCGCGCGUGUGAUGUGUUUGUGUAUCCUCAGUGUUUUUCUAUCUUGCGUGUUUCAUUGAGUGUAAACAGAGUCUUGUUUCGGUGUAUUUUAUUGUAAAGACGAUGCAGGACACUACAGUGUGUGACAGUAAACCGAGCUUACAGGAGGAUCAAACCUCCACAGAGUCUCUGGAUUCUGUCUGUAACGCUGGAGAACAGCAGCAGAUCCUGCAGACCAAACUGAAGAUGUGUUCAGUUAAACUCAUCGACUGCACGAACCUCAUGAUGAAGAUUAAAACUGAACCGACAGAAAUCAAAACUGAACCCACAGAAAUCAAAACUGAACCCACAGAAAUCAAAACUGAACUCACAGAAAUCAAAACUGAACCCACAGAAGAGGAAGAUCGCACCGAGGAAGAUGAUGAUUUUAUUCCAUCAGAUGUGAAGAGUGAUUCAUGUUUGGAUAUAGAAAUAACGUCCUCAACAUCAAAAGAGCGACUGACAGCACAAACUCUUUCCUGCAUCACCUGUGGAAAGACAUUCAGCUCACAGAGACAUUUAGAGAGACAUGAGAGAAAACACACAGAAGAGAAACUCUUCACCAGAUCUGAGAUCAGCUUUACUACCUUACAAGAGAAGAAACUUCAUUCAGAAGACCACAAAGAGAAGAAGAAGCAGCAGUUUCACUGUGAGCAGUGUGGGAAGAUUUGUGUCUCUUCCUCUAAACUAAAUAUUCACAUGAGGAUACACAGUGGUGAAAAGCCUUUCAACUGCACUGAAUGUGGAAAAUACUUCAGAACCAAAGACAAACUUAAAGUUCAUCAGAGAAUUCACACAGGAGAAAAACCUUACAAGUGUCCUCACUGUGAGAAGAGAUUUCGCUGUAAAUAUAAUCUGAAGACACAUGUGCUUUUACACACCAAUGAGAGACCGUAUCAGUGCAGUGAAUGUGACAAAAGCUUUAGGGAUUCAGGUACAUUAAAAUCACACCAGAAUACUCACAUUAAAGAGAAACUCUAUCAGUGUUCACACUGUGAUAAACGUUACGGUUAUAAAUCUAAGCUGAUAAUCCAUGAGAGAGUUCACACUGGAGAGAAACCUUACGUCUGCGCUCACUGUGGAAAGAGCUUCUCUAGUUCAUCUCAAUUAAUAGUUCAUCAGAGAGUUCAUACUGGAGAGAAACCUUAUCAUUGUAGUGUCUGUGGGAAGAGUUUUAGUCUAAAGGCCUCCUUACUAAAUCACAAGAGAAUUCAUACAGGUGAAAAACCUUUCAAAUGCUCUCAGUGUGACAAGACGUUUACUUGUUUAAGUAACUUAAAAUUCCAUCAGACAGUUCAUACUGGAGAGAAACCUUAUCACUGUAGUGUCUGUGGGAAGAGUUUUAGUGUAAAGGCUUCAUUACUAAAUCACAAGAGAAUUCAUACAGGUGAAAAACCUUUCAAAUGCUCUCAGUGUGACAAGACGUUUGCUUAUUCAGGUUCCUUAAAAUCCCAUCAGAGAGUUCAUACUGGAGAGAAACCUUACGUCUGCUCUCACUGUGGAAAGAGCUUCUCUAGUUCAUCUAAAUUCAGAGUUCAUCAGAGAGUUCAUACUGGAGAGAAACCUUAUCACUGUAGUGUCUGUGGGAAGAGUUUUAGUCAUCACUCAAACUUACUAAGGCACCAGAGACUUCACACAGGUGAAAAACCUUUCAAAUGCUCUCAGUGUGACAAGACGUUUGCUCAGUCAGGUUCCUUAAAAGCCCAUCAGAGAGUUCAUACUGGUGAGAAACCUUAAAGCCGAAGAUAUACUAGGGACAUCUGCAUGACGUCAUUUUUGCAACAGCGCAUGCGUGAGAAAAUAUUGAGACAGGACACCCCACUACAAACAAUUACACAAAGGCAAUAAACAGCAUUUGCACACACACACUAUUGUUUUUUCUUCUUUCCUGGUCUUUGUUUUCUUCUUGUUUCUUCUAAACUUUGUUUGCCAUGGUGGAUCGUCUACUUCUCUUUACCUAUUCUAAAACAAUUUUAAUGCCGCUUUUCCGUUGCAUAGUACCUCACGGUUUAGUUUAGUUUGGGUCGGGUCAGCUUACUUUUGGGAGCUUUUCCACUGGGUGAAGUACGUAGUACCCAAUACUUUUUUUUAGUACCACCUCAGUUGGGGUUCCAAGCGACCACUGUAGAUCACUGAUUGGUCUGAGAGAAUCGUCACUAUCAGCGUCAUUGCUAUAAUGUGUAAGAUUAGCUUUACCUUAGUGCUAGCUUGUGCUGUCUCGUGUGCCAUCUGUGCUCUGCUAUAAGUUGCCAAACUCCAUGUAGCGAUGAAAAACAUCUAAAGGAUAAGAAUCAGGAACACAAUACCAGUAUUUUCCUGACUAGCAGUUUAUGGGGGCACAUUCACGACGCGCACGUAUGCUGAAUCAGAAUCAGAAAGAGCUUUAUUGUCAAGUAUGCUUGCGCAUUCAAGGAAUUUGUUUUAGUGACAUAAGCUUCCAGUACACAGAGACACCAACACACAGACAAAUAAAUAGGUGUAUAAACAAUUGUGCUAUACAUGACAAUGGCAUAGCAUUGAAUAAGGUGCAGGGAUGUACUAGAAUGGAGGGGUAACAAAUAAAUAUUAAUAAAAAAUAAUAUUGCACUUUUUUUGCAUAAGCAUAAGUGGGGAACAUUUAACUGUUCAUGAGGUAGAUUGCCCGGGGGAAGAAACUGUUUUUGUGCCUUGCUGUUCUGGUAUUUGCAGCUCUGAGGCGCUGGCCAGAAGGCAAAAAGUUCAAAAAUGGGGUGACUUGGAUGUGAGGGAUCCAGAGUGAUUUUAUGAGCCCUUUUCUUCACUCUGGAUGUAUACAGUUCUUGAAGGGUGGGCAGGGGAGCACCAAUAAUCCUUUCAGCAGUUCGAACAGUUCUCUGUAGUCUUCUGAUGUCUGAUUUUGUUGCUGAGCCAAACCAGACAGUAAUAGAAGUGCACAGUACAGACUCAAUGACGGCUGAGUAGAACUGUUUCAGCAGCAGUGUUCAGCUCCAGGUUGUUAAGACUGCACCAGACAGCCAGCUGCUCAACCUCUUUUCUGUAAGCAGACUCAUCACCGUCCUGGAUGAGGCAGAUGAUUGUAGUGUCAUCUGCAAACUUCAGGAGCUUGACAAGAGGGGUCUUUAGAGGUGCAGUUGUUGGUGUACAGGGAGAAGAGCAGAGGGGAGAGAACACAUCCCUGAGGGGCGCCAGUGCAGCUGUUUGACAUGAACUUCCCCAGUCUUACUAACUGUUGCCUUUUCUGUCAGAAAGCUGGUGAUCCACUGACAGAUAGAGCUAGGAACAGAGAGCUGGGUCAGUUUGGUCUGGAGGGUUGUUGGGAUGAUGGUGUUGAAAGCCGAACUAAAGUCCACAAACAGGAUCCUCACAUAAGUCCCUGUUUUGUCCAGAUGUUGCAGGAUGAAGUGCAUUCCCAUGUUGAUUACAUCAUCCACGGACCUGUUUGCUCGGUAAGCAAACUGCAGGGUUCCAGUAAGGGUCCAGUGAUGUCCUUCAGAUAAUCCAGAACCAGUUUUUCAAACGACUUCAUGACGACAGACGUUAGGGCCACAGGCCUGUAGUCGGUAAGUCCUGUUAUCUUGAAUUUCUUUGGAAUGGGGAUUAUGGUGGAGCGUUUGAAGCAGGAAGGCACUUCACACAACUCCAGGGAUCUGUUGAAGAUCUGUGAAAAGAUGGGGGCCUUCUUGAAGACCUGGGCACAUCAUCUUCACAGAUUUGAAGAGCAGGAGGUGUGGAGAGAGAGAUUGCAGGAGGUGUUAAUGGUUGUGUAGGGAGAUGGUCAGAAUGGGUGUUGGGGGUUUCAAAUCUACAAUAAAACUCAUUCAGGUCGUUAGCAAGUCUAAGAUUAGCCUCAGUGCAAGGGGAUGGUGUCUUGUAGUUUGUGAUGGCCCUCAGUCCUCUCCACACUGAAGUUGAGUCAUUGGAAGUAAACUGGUUUCCCCGUUGAUUCUGAUUCACGAUCCGCUCUGAACAGCUGAAAACCCCCCAGAUGGAGAGCGCUGUCCGGUAUGGCGUCAUUCAGCCAGGUUUCCGUGAAACUCAGAGCAGCAGAGUGUGAGUGUCUUUAUUUGUCCGAGAGAGCAAAAGGAGUUUGUCUGUUUUGUUGGGUAGAGAAUGAAGAUUUGCCAGAUGGAUGCUAGGCAACUGCGUUCGAAAUCCACGCUUCCUUAGUCUGACGAGCGCUCCCGCUCGCUUCCCCCGUCUGCGCUUCCUAAAGCGUUUGCUCAGCGCCGCCGCUCCUCCGAUAACAACGUUCAGUAAAACGUAUGAAUAAUUUAUAUCCGGUAAAAGAUCUUGUGGUGUGUUCUGCCGAAUGUUCAGCAGUUCAUCCCUGGCGAAACAACUAAUCGUGUUUGUUAAACAAAAAACAGGAAAAACGAACAAAAACAGUACAAACACUGGAGAGCCAAGCACUGAAGCAGCCAUGCACGGCGCCAUCUUCAGACAUCAACUUAUGAGUCUUAGCGUGAGAGCGUGUUAACUGAUGCCACAGGUGAUUGUACAGAAACUGUCAUGUGAGACAGAGGUAGUGUUAAACACGAUGUGCAAACAUCUAUUUUGGUGAUCAAUUUUAGUUUUGUGGCAGACUGAGAAAUAAAUGAAUGUAUGGAAAUGUACAACAACGUGCUCUCACUUGUAUGAUGUCACAGCAGUAGGCAGCGCAAACAUAACAACACCCCUAUAAUCCCCCCCACUCUGAAGUAAUGGCGCUUUUCCAUUGCAUAGUACCCCACGGUUUAGUUUAGUUUGGGUCGGGUCAGCUCAUCUCACUUUGGCGUGGUUAGCUUUUCCAUUGAGUUUAGUAUCACUUCGCAGUGGGAGGGAUUAUAGGCGUGUCGUUAUAUUUACGCUGCCUACUGCUGUGACCUCAUACAUGUGAGAGCAUCCUUAUACAUUCCCAUACAUUUAUUUAUUUCUCAGCUCCACAAAAUUAAAAUUGGCCACCACAAAUAGAUGUUUGCACAUCGCGCUUAUCACUAACGUUACCUCUGUCUCACAUGACAGUUUCUGUUCAAACACCCGACCCGUGGCGUCAGUCGACGGCGCUCCGCUGAGCCUCAUUCAAGUUGCAUUUAACUCUUUCACCGCCAGCGUUUUUAAAAAAAGUUGCCAGCCAGCGCCAGCGUUUUUCAUGAUUUUCACCAAAGUUUAAUGCCUUCCAGAAAAUGUUCUUCUUUAAAUAUAUAAACAUACAAUAUACCAAAUAAAAGAACAGACCCUCUGCUUUCAAACAAAAAAAAAAACGUUUCAUCCUACCUUUAGUGGUUCUUUUGCAAUCAGCUUUUGAAUAUGGGUAGGUUUUUGCAAAAACACCAUAUUUUGAGCAAAAAGCAGAGAUAAUUCCAUUUUUAUGACGGACUUUUCAUAGAGAUCCCAUUCAGAGCGAUCUUUAAAACAGACACGGACAUGCAGCAGCUUGCCAUAGGGCAAUACUUCCGGUUUUAAAAAGUUGCGGAAAGACGGAAAAUCUCGUCAUUGGCGGGGAAGCGUUUUCUCUUAAUUGACGAGAUAUCUCGUCAAUGGCGGGGAAAGAGUUAAGCAUAUAUAAUACGGACGUGCACGUCGCGAAUGUGCCGCCACUAACUGCAAGUCUGGAAAAAAAACUGUUAUGGUGUCCUGGAUUCUCAACCUGUGGAUGUUUUUCAUCGCUAAAAGGGUGUUUGGAAACUUAUAGCAGAACACGGAUGUUUGCUCAAGACAGCGCAAGCUAGCAGUAAGCUAAAGCUAAUAUUUACAUUAUAGCGAUGAUGCUUCUAUCAGACCAAUCAGUGACCUACAGUGUUUUCGCGUCACGUUUGGUAUCAGCUCAGGUUGCUUGUAACCCCAACCGAGGUGGUACGAAAUAAAGUAUCGGGUACUACGUACUGCACCCAAUGGAAAAGCUCCCAAAAGUAAGCUGACCCAAACUAAACCAAACCUUGGGGUACUUUGCAAUGGAAAAGCGCCAUAAUACUAACUCGAUGGAAAAGCUAAGUGAAGUGAGCUGACCCGACCUAACUCGCAAAUCAGUGCGGCUCUGACGGCCUGGUAGAGUAAUAAUUUGAAUGAGAAAUCAUUUGUAUUGUGUACAUGCCGAACACAGGUGUUUUAUUAUAUAAUUUAUUGGCGGUCUCUCUACCAUGCACGAAAGCACAUUGUAUCCUGUGCAUUAGACGUGCCAAUGUCUCGUCACAUUUCAUUAUAUCUAUUUUUGCCAUAGAAACAAAGUCAAUACUUUAUAUUUACGCCUACCCUUGACUAGACGUAAGUUAGAGUCUCAGACGUGCGCUACGGCUAGAUGGUGCAACAGGUGUAAAUUCUACAUCUAACAUAAAGCGCAUUUUAUAUCCAGAGUAGUCUUACGACCGGGUUUACGCCCAGCUGGUGCAACCGGCCCCAGGAGUUUAGUUACCCUUUGAUAGUAAAAUAAGAACAAAUAAUCAAAUGAUUAGCAAUAUCGCAGAUAAAUACAAACACACAAAUGAAAUCAAACUGUGCUGCUCAUGUUUUCAGAUUGAUCUAACAGUUCUGUUAUUUUGAAGGUAAGGUGGCAAGCUGGUAAAGGGUGUAUGUGUCUGGGAGCAAACAUACUGUUCAUAACUAUAUACAAUAGUGUUAGUUCAUGUUGUUUUUCAUAUUUUAUUUACACAUUUAUCAUUUUUAUCUCUUUUAUGAACUGUUUUUAUGUGUCAAACUCGUUUAUUUUAUAUUGUGUGCUGUGUGAUUUUACAUACUGGUUUCAAAGUUUUAAUUUCAUGGGACCACAAUGUCAUUAAUUGUUCAUUUAAGAAAGGAACUGUUCAGAUUAUUCAAUAAAUUCUUUGUUCAUUUUUACAAUGAUUAUGUCUUUUGACUUCUGCUAUAGGUCUAUUUUCUGGACUGAUAUUAAAGUUUACAUAAUUAUUCAGUUUUCUGUCAGUCUUUUUAUUCUUUCUAGGAAAGUUAAAGGACCUGUUAUUGCAUUGAGAGCAUCUUGACCAGAUACACAGUGUGAUAGGGUAGCACCAUAGAAAUGAACUGCAAGAGCUUGUACAGAGGAGUAAAGACUGCAUAGAGGAACACCACUAUAUUUUGAGUAUAUUUUGCAUACUUGACAAGCAUGUCACACUUUCACUGCACAGAUACCAUAUAUUGUAUAACAGGAUUUUUUUUACUUUAUUAUCAGUAUUUUAAUGACAAUCACAGUUGAAUGUAAAGUUGUAAUAAAAAAGGAAGAAUGUCAUUGUA